AUGUUGAAGGGGAACUGCACUCUGGUGACAGAAUUCAUUCUCUUGGGCUUCUCAGAAUCUCCAGAGCAGCGCCCUCUCUUGUUUGUGAUCUUCCUCAUGAUCUACAUCACCACCCUGAUGGGGAAUCUGGGAAUGAUUAUAUUAAUCAGGAUCAGUGCUCAGCUUCAUACCCCCAUGUACUUUUUCCUAUGCAGCUUGUCUGUCGCUGACAUCUGUUACUCAUCAGUUAUCUCCCCUUGGAUGCUAAUGAGCUUUCUAACAGGUCACAAAUCAAUUUCCUUCAGUGCAUGUUUUGCUCAGCUCUACUUUUUUGUAGCCUUGGUGUGCACUGAAUGUUUCCUGCUGGCCACAAUGGCCUAUGAUCGUUAUAUGGCUAUCAAAAAUCCCUUGCUCUAUUCCAAAAUUAUGUCACAGAACAUCUGUGUCACAUUGGUUGCUGGUUCGGGUUUACUUUCCUGUACAAAUGCCAUGCUAACAGUAUGCUUUUUAAGCAGCUUACAGUUCUGUGAUUCUAACAUCAUCAGGCAUUUCUUCUGUGACACUCCUCCCCUAAUAGCACUCUCCUCAGAUCACUAUGUCACUGAAAUGAUCAUAUCCUUCCUGGCUGGGUAUACCACCCUUGGAUCCUUGGUCAUCAUUCUUUUCUCUUAUGUCUUAAUUCUCUCCACCAUCCUGAAGAUUCGUUCUGCUCAAGGCAGGCAUAAAGCCUUCUCCACUUGCACGUCUCACCUGACAGCUGUCUCAGUCUUCUAUGGGACUCUGAUAUUUACCUACCUUCGGCCAAAUACAAGCUACCUGUUGGGCCGAGAUCAAGUAGCAUCUGUCUUCUACACGGUGGUGGUGCCUAUGCUGAACCCUAUGAUCUACACUCUCAGAAACAAGGAGGUGAAAGAGGCUUUCAGGAAAUCAAUCAGGAUGAAACAGGUUUUGGGAUACAUGUAG